ACUGUGAGAAGCCACGAGUUGCUGAGUCAGUGAUGAGUAUUCAAAAGAGAUUCGCAGAGAUGCGGCAUGGCGCUGGCGCUUGCGCCAACCUUUGUUUACCUGUUCAUCAAUUUGUCCUUAUCCAUUCCCACCAACAACGCAAUUUGCAUUUCCCUUAUAAACCCCUUCAAAUCACAUUAUCAAUGCCCCCACUCCACUCCACCACCGCUUCAGAAAUGGUUAGAGUUGUUGGGGCUCCUAAAUUGAUCUGCGCCGCAUUGCCUCCCCAAUCCCUCGACCACCUCCUCAAUGGCAUGCAUCAGGCCAAAAUUCAGGGCGCCGAUGUCGUCCAAAUUGAACUCGAUUCCCUCUCCCAUUCCGACCUCACCAUCCUCCUCCGGAACAAGCCCAUUCCCGUCCUUCUCCUCUCCCGGCCGAAAUGGGAAGGUGAUGAAUGCAAAAGCAAUGAACAGGAUCAUCUACAGUCUCUGCUUUUGGCCAAAGAUUUAGGUGCUGAUUACAUUGACUUGGAACUCAAGGUAGCAUCUGCUCUCAUAAAAGAAGAUAAGUUCCAUCAGCUUAAAAGUAGUAAAAUUAUAGUCUCAACCUACCUGGAUAGCUUUACUGCUUUACUGGAAGAUCCCAGCCUUCUUGUUGCAGAGAUGAAAUCCACCGGGGCUGAUAUCAUUAAGUUUGUUUGGGAAGCAGCCAAUAUUACAGAGAUAUCAACUGCUUUUGACCUUCUGUCAAAUAGCCAGGUACCCAUGAUAGCUCACUGCACAGGAGAAAGAGGUCUAAUUAGUCAGCUGCUGAGUUUUAAGUUUGGUGGUGUUUUUGCAUAUGGAUCAGUUGAAGGAAAUACGAUUCCUGGUCUCCCCAGUGUAAAUAUCCUCAGACAAGCCUAUGGAGUGAAGAACACCAAUAUGGGUACUGAAGUUUUUGGGCUUAUCUCAAAACCCGUAAGUCACAGCAAGGGCCCUCUAUUGCACAAUCCCACAUUUAGACAUGCUGGUUACAAUGGAAUAUAUGUCCCAAUGUUUGUGGAUAAUCUAAAGGAAUUUUUCAGUGUCUACACAAGUCCUGAUUUUGCUGGUUACAGUGUCGGGAUCCCUUACAAGGAAGCAGUAAUUGAUUUCUGCGACGAAGUCCAUCCAGUUGCUCAGUCAAUUGGCGCUGUUAAUACUAUUGUAAGGAGGCGUGAUGAUGGAAAGCUAGUCGGGUAUAACACAGAUUGUGAGGCUGCUAUUGUAGCAAUCGAAGAUGCUUUAAAGCGUAGGGACGGGCUGAAUGGGAAGAAUGGUCCUCUUUCUCCAAUCACAGGGAAGCAGUUUGUUCUCGUGGGAGCCGGGGGUGCAGGAAGAGCACUUGCGUUUGGAGCUAAAAUAAGGGGUGCUAAAGUGGUUGUGUUUGACAUUGAUUUCGGAAGGGCAAAAUCUCUAGCUGCUGCAGUAUCUGCCGAUGCUCUUCCGUUUGAUGAUUUACUCACUUUCCGGCCGGAGAAGGAUGCAAUCCUUGCGAACGCAACUCCUUUAGGCAUGAAUCCACAUGUGGAGCGGCGGAUUCCUGUGCUGGAGGAAACCUUGAGAGAUUACAAGCUCGUCUUCGAUGCAGUAUACAACCCUAGGAAGACUAGACUAUUAAAAGAAGCCGAGGCUGCUGGGGCCGUCAUUGUUAGUGGAGUUGAAAUGUUUCUCGGUCAGGCUGCUGCACAGUUCAGUCUCUUUACAGGCCAAAAAGCACCAGAAGAAUUCAUGAGAGAAAUUGUUAUGGAAAAAUUCUGAAACUAAGUGGAUUGUAGCAACUUCUUCUAAUUUAUGAGGUUUCUACUCAAAUAUUAGAGUAACUCAAGUUUAAGAGUUGAAACCACAGGAGAAAAAAUGGUCAAAAAACAUUCAUUCAUUAAAGAAAGGUGGAUUGGUUGGUGUUGUAUUGUAAGCUAUGUUUGUGGAAUUAGUGAUUUAUUCAUGUUAUUACUCAGAGACAUGAUGCAAGUCAUGACUCACGAGGACCACAUUAUUUUAAUGGUUUAUUUAUGGAAAUAUAUAUUGUUGAUUUUCAAGCAAA